CCUGUCAGAGCAGACAUAGACAAAAACAUCUCAGUAACCAUGGCUUCCAGCUACUCCCGCAGCAGCUACAUGUCCUCCAGUGGCUCUCUGGUGGGUGCAUCAACUAGCUCCACCCGUGGAUCCAUCAUAUCAAGUGGGGGAAGUAGCCGCAUCAGCACCGUGAGGUCUGGCAGUGUGUAUGCGGGUGCAGGAGGCUCAGGGGUCCGCAUCUCCAAAGCCUCUGCAGGAGGUUUUAGCAUGUCAGCAUCUGCGGAAAACAGCUUCAUUGGUAAUGAGAAGCUCACCAUGCAGAGCCUCAAUGACCGUCUGGCUUCCUACCUUGUCAAGGUGCGCUCCCUCGAGAAGGCCAAUGCUGACCUGGAGCUAAAGAUCCGUCAGUUUGUGGACAGCAAGACCUCCCCUAUUGCUCGUGACUACAGUGCAUUCUAUGCCACCAUACAUGACCUUCAAACUAAGAUCUUGGCAGCAAUUCAUUUGAAGGGUGGAAUACAUCUCAGCAUUGACAACACACGCCUGGCCAUGAAUGAUUUCAAAAUGAAAUUCGAAACUGAGCAUAUCAUGCGGCAGUCUGUGGAAACCGACAUUGCUGGGCUGAAACGGGUGCUUGAUGAACUAAACCUCACCAGAAAAGACUAUAGCAUGCAGAUCGAAGGGCUGAAGGAGGAGCUCGUCUUCUUGAAGAAGAACCAUGAGGAGGAUCUCUUGGCUGCACGCACUCAGAUGAGUGGACAGGUUCACGUUGAGGUUGAUGCAGCUCCACAGGAAGAUCUCAAUAAAGUCCUGGCUGAAAUUCGUGAGCACUAUGAAUCAGUAACAGCAAAGAACCACAGAGAUCUUGAGCACUGGUUCAAGACAAAGACAGAGUCUCUCAAACAGGAAGUUGUCUCCAGCACUGUAGAUCUGAAAACAUCUCGCUCUGAAGUCAAUGUGGUCAAAUCCAGACUGCAGGCAUUGGAAAUCGAACUCCAGUCCCUCUUAACCAUGAAAUCAUCCUUGGAGGCCACAUUGUCUGAAACGAAAGCUCGUUAUUCCAUGAAGUUGAGUGGUUACCAGAAUCAGGUAACCAUCCUGGAAGAGCAGCUUGUGCAGCUUCGUGCUAAUCUGGAACGUCAGCGUUAUGAGUAUCAGAUGCUUCUGGACAUCAAGACCAGACUGGAGAUGGAGAUUGCAGAGUACAGGAGACUGCUGGAUGGAGAAGCCACCGUCAAAACAACAUCCAGUUCCACCUCAAGAACCAAGGUCAUCACUGUUGUGGAAGAGGUAGUGGAUGGAAAAGUGGUCUCCACCUCCAGUUCCUCAUCCAUUUCUGAUGCUCGCAGAGUGAUUUCCUAAUUUGCUGUUAUGUCUGUUUGUGUUUGCUGUGUACACACAGCUGAAAACCAAAUAACCAAUAAAACAGCAUUCUAAAAUUUA